CAUACUAAGUGCGCUUAAUAUAAUUAUGUCAACUGUGCGCCUGCCUUUACUUGUGCCUAGCUUAAUAUAAAAGCACGCUCUUUGGAGCUUUCUUCACUCUCAGAGAUUUCAAGACAUCUUCAACAACAAAGGACAAGAAAAGCCAACAGAACAAAAUGAAGUUGCUGCUACUUGUGGUUUGCUGUAUGAUUUCCACAUCACUAGCUGGUCUGAUUGACGAAGAGGCUAAACUGGAAACUGUGCUCAAUGAAAUUGAUGAGGUAUUGCAAGACCUGAAAGCUGGUGAUGAUGCUGAGCCAAUUGGAGAUAUUUUAAAGCCAUCCCACAAACAAGACUCAAAAGGAAGUUCUGCCAUGGAGGAGAUGUUGCUUCACACUGAGAACAUUGACGAGGCAACUGCUGAAGUGAAAGCUGCUGGAGGCCACAUUCUACUCCAACUUGGUCGCAACCUCUUAGUUGCAAAAGUCCCCUCUCAUGUAGCCAAGCAGAAUAGCUUCAGUCAAGCUUCAGCUCAUAUUUCGAGCUCAGCAUCAGCGGAAACUUUUCGCUAUGCUCAUGCCUACUGGAUGGCACGAGAAGAUGAUCUGAAACCACAACCACCAGUUCAAAAGUGGACAGAAAAAACAGCUCCAAUGGUCCUUAAACGAGAAGAUUCAGACGACAUUUUUCGGGCAGAUUCACCAUACCGCCAAACCAUGUCUGGGAAGAUUGCCGUUAUGGUUUAUACUGUUUCUGGUCCUGGUAGCUUAUUAGCAAUAAGCAAUACUGAGGCAAAUAAGGUUUACAGUGAAUGCUUAAGAGGGCUUAGAUUCUGGUCAGACGCGGCCACGGUUCACGGGGAGACUUUGUCAUUUGUGCUGUAUGAUAGGCUGGUACAAAUCAGUGCUGAAGAUUCAACCUCUUGCCCUAGCUUUGAUGGUUGCCACAACGUGUUUGCUGAUCCUGUACUCAAAUUUUAUGGUUUCUCAACUGGUAAAGCUGGAAAGGACCAAGCAGCACAAAAAGUUAAAGACUACGAAAACGCUGAUGGUGCUUUCCUUGCUUUCAUCUCUAAGUACAAGCAAGGCCAUUUUGCUUAUGCCAUAUCAGGUGGCGGACCUAUAUACAUGCAGUACAGCAAUGACGGUUGGGGUCCCGAUCAGAUUGACAGGCUUUUCGCUCAUGAAACUGGACAUGUUUUUAACGCUCCUGACGAAUACAAAUCGUGUGAUUGCUCUUACAUUUAUGGCAAGGGACGCUGCGUUGCUGCAAAUACCAACUGCGAUACCUGCACAACUAAUCAAGCUCCCUGCAUUAUGGACGUUAAUGAUAUCGACAACCUUUGCGAAUACACCAAGAGGCACGUGGGUUGGUGCUAAGAGACUUUCAAGAAAAAUAUCUGGACUGCUUUACGGACUUGACCUCAUCCUAAUAUAGUGUGCUGUGUAUAAUUAGAUUUGCAGCUAUAAUUAUAGACUCUUGUAGUAUAGAGAAUUGUAGUAAUAUGCUUUUAAAGCAUACAUUUUUGAAUAGGGACUGUAUACUUUCACUGUACUAUACAGUGUUUUAGUUUUGUAGCCAUAUAAUUUUAUGUCAAGAACAUAUAUACAUUUGCAAUGUGCUAUACAAUUGGAGGAAG